UGGCCGUUGGUGAUGAGCUUAAUCUUCAGCUCCUCUCGCCUCCUAGGCGGCUAGAAGUUCCAAUCCUCUAAUCAUGCCUUCAUCUUUCCGGUGACCAGACUUCCGUCCAGACCGAAACCCAAGAUGGGUGCACUCUUGCUGAGACAUGUUGGUCGUCAUUGCCUCCCAGCCCACUUAGGCCCUCAGCUCUGCAUCAGAAAUGCUAUUCCUUUGGGAACCACGGCCAAAGAAGGGAUGGAGUGGUUCUGGAAUAAGAACAUUACGGGUUCAAACCGUCCUGUAUCUCCCCACAUCACUAUCUACAGUUGGUCUCUUCCCAUGGCGAUGUCCAUCUGCCACAGCGGCACUGGUAUUGCUUUGAGUGCAGGGGUCUCUCCUAGGAAAAGGCCUGAAGAUUCCCCAGCUAUACCAGUGUGGAGUGGUUGUCCUUGUUCUUACUGUGUUGUCCUCUAUGGGGCUGGCAGCCACGUGAAGAACGGAGGUUCCCAGCAUCAUCUUCCUACACAUUAUUACAUUCACCCAUCUUUCUGUUUGUCAUUCUUAUCUCCAGCCUGGGAAAAGUUCUCCUUAUUUGUUUAG